GCUCUGCACUUGGCUGUCUGUGUCUGCUGUCAUACAAAUUGACGAAUAGCAGAAAAACUAUUGAAGGAGCGUGUGUGUGUUCAUGUGUUGAUUUCGUUUACUUUAUGCAGUGUGGUUGCUUUGUUUCUUAUUGUUAGCAAUAAAAUUUUGGUACCAACCAUCAUGUCUUCAGUAUGUUGUGGAACAAAGAAACAGAAAUUAAACAAUUCUUAUAGCAACCACGUCGAUCGACCUAUAAAUGGUUACCUAGAGUCAGUUGCAAUUCCUGAUAUGUGUUACUUUUGUUUCGACGUCUUGUAUUGUCAGCUGCAUAGUAUGGACCCGCCACAAACGCCAAAUUUCACCAAUGAUGCAUAUCCCCUUUUUGUUACAUGGAAGAUUGGUAAGGAGCACCGUCUCCGUGGAUGUAUUGGGACCUUUAAUGCCAUGCAUUUACAUUCAGGUCUCCGAGAGUACGCAAUAACGAGUGCUUUGAAAGAUUCUCGUUUCACACCAAUAACUCGCGAGGAGGUACCCCGCCUUACGGUGUCCGUGUCGAUCCUGCAACACUUCGAAGAAGCUGAACAUUACUUAGACUGGAAAUUGGGCAAACACGGCAUCCGCAUCGAGUUUAUUAGCGAGAGGGGCUCCAAGCGUACUGCAACCUACUUACCUCAAGUCGCUACUGAACAAGGUUGGGACCAAAUACAGACAAUCGAUUCCCUUCUUCGAAAGGGGGGAUACAAAGCGGCAAUAACGGCGGACAUGAGGCGCAGUAUCAAGUUGACCAGAUACCAGUCCGAGGAGGUCUCGGCCUCAUACAAUGACUAUGUAAACCAACGCUGCUAGCAGGCACCUACACCCGCGUCGUACCUUCCAUACUGGACGAACGCGAGUGACAUACUUGUUAAUAACAUAGUUACUAAGUAUACGAGUGUCUGUGAAACGUGGUGUACUCCAAGUUUGAUGGGUCAGAAUUAUGCUCAAAGUGUUUCCUGCCCAAUAAGUUCGUGUUACAUCGAUAUGGUUUAAUGUUAAUAUAUCACUGCCAACGACAUUCCUGAGGGUGAUCAGAGGUGUCAUCUUUGAAAUGAUGAAAAUUGAAGGUACUAUGACAUUUUGUUGCGACGUUUUGCUUUUAUAAGUGCUAUUGCAUUUGUUGGAUGGUAUACUGUUUUUGACAUUAGUGAGAAGUGGGCUAAUUGCAAAUACUUACAAGGUCUAAAAUUUUGUUGUAAAAAUCUUAUGAUCUGUAUGAUCCACAAGAUAUUCUAGUUUCAUCAAAUAUCUACACUUAAAAUACAGUUAAACGUAGAAGCUUAAAUUUGAACAGUGUUUUAGAAUUUAGUUUAGUGCAGUCUAAAUAUAAUCUAAAAAUCACUGCAGCCAAAAACAUGACCAUUAAAUCUAAAAAAAAAACUUGCAUCAGUUUUCUCUUUAGAAUAUUUUCCUCUCCCGUAUUGACUUGGUUACGAUUGUUUAAGUGAUUACUUUCAUAUCACAUUUCCAUUACCCAAACAGACAAAUCGAAGAUGAGUAGAAG